AAAAUUGGUCUAUGUAUGCAUCAAACUAUUUUAACUAUCAUUUUCAGCCUUGAUUUCUAUAUAGCACUAUCUUUCAAAUGUAUUAAUAUCAGUUCUACCAACAAAAAAAAUCAGUUCUUUGCUGUAAAUUGGCUACAUCAUAUUUACCUUUCCAAUCUUCCAUCCUGUCACAUUAAAUUCAUACGGCUAAAAAAAAAAUAAUAAUAAUAAAUGUACGCCCCUAUCAUGUUUUUUUUUUUCAUUUCACUUUAUUCUUAUGGGAAAACGUUUUGUCUAAAUUUCUGGGGUUCCUUCCUGACCCAGAGUCGCUCCUGAAGGAAAGAGUACGGAGAUGAGCACCGAGGCAACGCGCAGCUCGGCAUAUACCCCAAACUUAACCUUUAACUAUGCAACAAAAACCGUGCGAUGCUAAAAAUCCUAAACAUGAAACUGCAUUGAGCUAAGUUAUAUGAAGAUGAAGGCAUGCUGAAGCGUUGAUAUAUAGUUACUCAUUUAGUUUAUACCAAGAUGAAUUAAUCACACUAGACGAGUAUAUACAGCGGAUUAAUUAGCUCUCACUUUCUUAGUUCAAUCGAUCGAGUAGGCUACUUAAAAAUGUCACUGGCGGGCUGGUACACACGCCACGCCCUUAUAAUAGAUCAUAGCCUAUUCAUCUCGUCUCUUGACCUUUACCUGUAUAUUGAUUGACCAGGAAUAUUACUUUAUUUUAUUCCUCAUUUCCCUUUCUUCAAGUUCCUUUUCUUCCUCUCUUCUUCAUUUCCAUAAUCUUUUCCGUUUCUUUUUCUCCCUUUUCAAUAUUACUUCCUUCUUUUAUUCUUACAUUUUCUUCCUUUUUCCUCUCCUUCCUAACCUCACUAUAUCCUUAAUUCCUCCAUUCAUUCUUAUUUUACUCCUCUCAUCCUUCCUUUUUUUUUCCUUACCAUUAAAAUCUUUCUUCAUUCUCUUGUUUUAUUUUUUCUUCGUACUUUCCUUCUCUUUCCUUGUCGUAAUCUUAACUAUCUUUCAUCACAUUGUUCCAGCUCUUAAUAUAUUUCUUUGGCACACUUUUUUUAUAAUAUUUGAACUUUCAUAUCUUAAGGCUCAUAUAUUCUCAGGUCAGUAGGCGAUAUAUGUCACAUCAGCUAUUUCCAAAGGUCAAAACGAAGAUCAGUCUGGUUUUAUGGAGUUUUUUAUUUAUUUAUUUUUUAUUCAAGGUACAGAAGCAGAGUCAGGCUACCACCAGGAUCAUGUAGCUACCCGUGGAAAUGCUCAAUAAUCCUACUAUGAAAGCCUUGUCAAAUGUGAGCUUGGGCGCCGAAAUGCUUAUGAAUAUGGCUUUCAUUGAGGUUGCAGUGCGUGUUUGACCGUAUUGCCAUGGGUAGUUUUAUGAGCCUAUAGUGAUAAUUUAACAAGGCUUCUGAUCCAUGAACGUGAAAUACAGUCAUGAGAAUCUGCAUGGUUUAAUCUCCUUGCUGGCCUUUGGAAAUAUAUAUUUUUUUCAACAAAGGAGACAGCUCAAGGGCACAAAAAAGGAAACAUUGAUAAUAAAGAAAAAGCUCGCUACUCGCUCCUCCUAGUUAUUCUUGUUAGAGUCCAAAGCGUCUGGAUACGAGCUACCAAAUCCCUCUGUCAACAAGAAUGAAUAUUGACCAUUGACACAGCAGCGACGUAAUUGGUAUCGUUACUAAGAACUGUUGGCUUUGCUGGUGUGAGGUAUUUUUCUGUUAUAUGGUAUUUAUCACUAUAUACUAAAAUUGGGUGUAAGAGUAUAAAACCAUCAAUGAACGAGCGAGCGAAUGAAGAAGCGAAUCAGCGAACUAUAAAACAAAUGAGGAGACGAGUUGAUGAAUGAAUGCCAUUUACCUAUAGAAUAAUUCAUCGUAGGUUAUGGAACAGGUCACGAGUUAAUCUCAGGUCACUCACCCAUUGCCGUCUUGAUAUAGGAGAGACGGCAAUGACUCACCCCACCAAUAUAUUGCAACAAAUACGUCAUGGGACUAUAAUGGAACCUAUCUGGCCUAAGUUAGCUAAUGAAUAAUUCUGUAAGAGAUCACGUGGUCAUCCCAGGUAUCUCACCCUCACCAUUGAGCAACAAAUACAUCCUUCAUCAAUAGCCCAUACGUGUCACAGGACCAUAGUGGGGCCAUAGUAUAUGUUUUUCGUUAAUUACGUACUUUUCCAUUGGUGUAGCUUGAAACGGUAACUUCACACAGUUAAUACAAUACGUAAUACUACAAUACGUAAUACAAUACCACCAUACAAUAAUACAAUACUCAAUAGGUCUUCGUAUUUGUACUUUUGUCAGUGCAGCCUUUUAAUAUUGAUCGGGGGAUGGCAUGUCAAGCAACGCCCUACCUCGAUCUGUUCAUUAAUUUUAAACUUUGCAACAAUCAACUUCCUAAUCGAUCAGCCAACCUCACAACGCCUCUGAAACAUGAGCAUACACACUCAGGCGCUUGUGUUUCAAGAAUAGUAUUGAUUCCGAGGUAUGGAGUGCAUGAAGAAUAUAGCGCUGCCUUGUCACGCCACGACCAUCACGUAAUUACGGCACCACUAAGGAUUAUUGCAAUUCAGCGCGCUCAUUUUCUUGUACCUCAACAGUCAUUCGCUCGAGUAUCUCGGGGGUAGCCUCUGCGCCGCGGCCUCUCCCUCCUCAUUGGGGUUUACUUCUUGUCGGUUCUCGUGUGGUUGCUGCUCGCUGUAUCCCGUCUUGUGCUGAUGGCCGGACAAACAUCAAUGGUUCUAUGGGGGUUAAGAGUAGUGCUGACGUGCUUCAAGGCAAUAGGAGGCUUCCCCUACUCCUGGGACGACACCAUAGCCCACGUCUCCUCCUCAUCACGCAAUCCGUCCCCGACGUCCAUAUUUUCCCCCAACGGCAACUCUCCCGGGGAAGUAAAAGCAUCUGGUGGGAGCUGGUACAACAGAGUCCUUCCCCUGAUCUCCCAGUCACGUGACUCUUCUAGUGCAUGUCCUCCCCACGGUGGUUCAACCCCGCGGGAAGGUGGUGUGUCAGGAUUCUGGGCGUGGUCGAGCAGCAAGGAGUCCAGCCAACAGAUUUGUCCCAGGCUGAAGAGAGCUCGUUGGCACAGGGUAUGGGCGGCGGGCAUGGGUGUGGUCUACCUCCUCGCUGUAUCCGUCUUCGUGUAUGAUGGCUUUAGAAAUGGCUUGCCCAGGAGAGUGCCCGCCUCUGAAGCUAUUUACUUCAUCAUGGAUGUGGUGACGAUGGUGGUGCUGGCGACCUUGCUCCUUCAUAUGUUGUUGAAGUCUGACCAUCUGGCUGCCCUGGUGAGCCAUCUGGAUACCCUACCCCCCGGGCCCUCUCUUGACUCCUGGGCCCCGACCUACGCCGCGCACAUCAUUCCUCUGCUGGCCUUGUUUUUGGCGAGUCUUUGCUGUACAAUGACGCUCUUCUCGAAUGUCCUGAGACCUUUAGAAUCAUGGGCCAGCAUCCUGAGAACCACAGUCACGUACGCAACGGCCUACGUUCUGACCUACGUCAUUCUGGCGCUGUAUAACUCCCUGCUCUACCUCCUCUAUGUUAUUCUGGCCACUCGCAUGCGGGACCUUCGAAUUGCCUUGGAGGAUAUCCGGCGGGAGAGGAGAGAUCGAGGCGGGAAGGGCAGCGUCGGGGAAGAUCUGCGUCAGAGAGUCGGGCCGGUGUUGUGUGACCUUUGGCACGCUCAGAUGCUCCUCAACGCCUCCCUCGGCGCCCCCAUCCUGCUGCUCAUGGCGGAGAUGGUCAUAGGCACGAUUUCGAAUGGUUAUUAUAUCUUAAGCGAGGCGAGGAGAAACAUCCAGUCGGUCGUGUAUUUGGUAAACGACUCCGUGAACUUGAUGUACCUGUGCCACGCCCCCGCCCUGAUGCACGACCAGGUGAAGGAACUGAUUAAGGGAUUGGAGGGGAAGACGCAUGUGGAGACGCAGGGCGGACACCAGGGAGGACAAGGCAGGGUAGACGGAGCAAAAAAGCUUCUAAAUCGCACAUCGCUGGAAGAAAUGCGUUACAUGAUGAAGAAAUGGCGGAUGGAGACGACGGAUUCCAGGACCGAAAAAGAGCUGACGCACCUCCUCGACCUGCUGGAUUCCUACCCGAGCUUCAGCGUCUCCGGCUACUAUGUGCUGUCCCGGGCCAGACUGGUGGACAUCAUGAGCUUCUCGGCGACCUACCUCGUGGUUCUGCUACAGUUCCACAUGGGAGAGCGCACGGAUGACGCCCCUGCCACGCCCACGCCCACGCCCGCACCGGAGAGCCCUUGAGUCUCCGCGUCACGCCCUUGAAUCAUGCCAGCGCCUCUCUCCCUUGCUCUCCUCUCAACUACUAAGGAAAAACGCAGGAAAGUCCGAUGUCACGCCCGUAGCUAGCGUGUCCCUCUUGCUUCCUUCUCAUUUAAUGUUCCCUAAAAGACAAGCUUAAGUGUUCCUUCUAGAUAAUUAUGUCCUGUUAAUGUAUCUACUCGAAGACUUUGUGGUUAACGUCAUUAUUUUUACAAAGUGCUUCAUUAAUGUGCUUCGAAGCAAUGUUAAACGGUUUGAUUGUAGCUAUAUGUAUGCGCUCUGCUGUUUGUAAAGGACUUGAUAAUUUAGGACAACUGAGCUUUGUCUACGUAUGUAUGUAAUGUCAGAGAUAAUCAUAGGAAAAUAUUUUUAUUCAACAACCAACAUCACUGAGGCCACUGUUCACUGCAGGCUCUCUUUUCAAACCACAGCAGUAGCCCUCCAUGUGUUUCAAAUAUACAGUAUAUUAGUGUCGUGAGCUCCUCGCCCUUCUCCGGCUGAGCUAAGUGAGCUUAUUGUCUGGACUACACCGCUGUUAUAAUAAAUGAUACCCAUACUACUUAUUUCUGAGUCAUGUCAAAUGCAUUCCUUUAUAAUAAAACUUUUGGAUUUGAAAAACUGCUACAAAUUGUAACAUGAAACUUUUGCACUGAUAUAAGGCAUCUAUGCUGAACAAAACAUCGUUAAAAUCUUCACAUGAUGAACUUUUUACAACAUUCAAUGCAAAUCAAGUGUUCUGGCCAGAAUAACCACUAUGUAAUUACCAGUUCAAAGAGAAAUCGUCAUGGCGCGGGCAGCACGGCGCUGUUUGUAGCCUUGGUGGUGUGUGUGUGUGUGUGUGUGGUGGUGGUGGUGGUGGUGGUGGUGUGUGUGUGUGUGUGGUGGUGGUGGUGGUGGUGGUGGUGGUGGUGGUGGUGGUGUGUGUGUGUGUGUGUGUGUGGGAGACACUACGAGGACUUGCAAGAUUUCUCAAUGACUUGGAGAUGUUAGUGCAAUUAAAUGUAUCAAUUAUGAUACAUUUUUUAUUCACUCAUAGUCCGAAAUGCAAAAUUAUGCACUGCACUAUAUUAGAGAAUGUUGAUUUAGCUUAUUAGUUCUACACAUGUCCACAUUUAAUAAAUACUGAUAAUUACAUAUUUUAAUUCGAAUUUGCAUUGAAUAUUGUAUAAAUAAUAUAUAUAAAAAAAAAGGAUAGAGAGACAGACAGAGAGGCUAAGUUACAUAUAGAUCGGUAGAUAAAAUACUGACAUGUAGAAAGACAGGUUGAUAAAUAUAACUAAGCACUCACGCAUAAAAUUUUCUCAACCUACAAUAAAUAUGUAUAAUGCAUAUCUUCUUUUUAAAACUACAGAAAAUCCCCACAUACAAUAUAUAUUAUGAGUAUUUAUAUAUCAAUUUCACUCAUAAAAUUAGGUCAGGUGCUAAAUUAUGCAGCCUUCAGUAAAAACUUGAUACUCUAAAAUUAACACAGUGCCUUCUACUCAGGUAAAUGUACAACAAAACAUCGAUUCCCUGAGAGGCUGCAUUAAAUAAGUCUUAAAAUGCAGUGUUGUUGCUUGAGAUUAACACAAAGCACUUCAUCACAGUAAACUGACGUACAUCAUGAUUUCUAAUGUUAUUUAACCCCCUGACUGCGGAUUUCCUACAAGAAGACAUCACCAAGCUACAGGAAUGGAACAAAAAGUGGCUGCUACAACUCAAUGAAGAAAAAAUGUAAAGUCCUGCACCUUGGGAGGGGAUACCCAGCAUACCAAUACCACAUGGGAAACACUCCACUAUCCACCACAGAGGCAGAGAAAGACCUGGGAGUAUAUGUUACCAGGCUACCAGUGAAAGCCAAAUCCGUGCCAAUCGCAGUGGUAGAGUUGGGGAAGAAGGUUGUGGAGUGGGGGUGGAAUUUAGAGGUUGGAGGUGAUGGUUGGGGUUCGGGGUUAAAGAUUGUGGGAUUAAGUUGGAAGUGAAAUUGGAGGUAGAGAUUAUGAGUUGAGGUGAAGGGUGGUGGGGUUGGGGAAGGAGGCUGUGGACUGGGGGUGGAAUUUAGAGGUUGGAGGUGACGGUUGGGGUGGGGGGUGAGAGAACACAAUAAAAGAGUCGUGGGAGUGUGUCUGGCGGGGCAGGGAGAGGUUGAGGUAAUUGAUACACGAGCACGGCUUCCAGUUACAAAUAAGUUCCACCCUUUGCAGUCCGCCAGGCCGUCAGGAACAUGAGCUCAAUAACAGUGUGCACAAAGGAGAUGAGUGUGCAUGCUGUCUGAGGUGUUCUUCUGCAUUGUUCAACUUUCAAUAAAAUAUACUUGACCUAACCUACUACUUUGGCAUUUAUUAGGGAUGUGGUACCAACUAUAAACUCUGUAAACUUUCAAUAAAAUAUACUUGACCUUACCUACAAUUUUGGCAUUUAUUAGGGAUAUGGUACCGAGUAUAGAUUUUGCAAACUUUAACAUUCAACAGUCUCAUAACAAAGCAUUUAGAAGAGUUGAAUGUGUGUUAAUUUAUAGAUGAAUUUAUACUUUCUUCUAUGGUAUAUGGAAGGUAGUGGUUAUAAAAAUAGAAUAGCAUGGUUGUGGUGUGAAACUAUCCUGCCAUCACAUUCAAGUACCCUUAAAAAAUCGCAUUAAAAUUAUCGUAUUCAUAGUUGUGGAUGCCAAAUUAAACUGAUGAGGUUCUACGCCAUUAGCAAGGUAGUGGUUAUAAAAACAGAACAUUGUGGUCAUGGUGUGAAACUAUCCUGCCAUCACAUUCAAUUAGCCUUAAAAUACUUGCAUAAAAACUCUGAUAUUUAUAAUUGUGAAUGCUGAAUUAAAUCGAUAACAUUGAACUCAUACCAAGAAAUCGAUGUUCCCUGUAUAAAAACCUGACUGGCUCUGAACCGCAAACACUGACUCAAAAGUAAACUCCAAUAAUACGACUAAAAACUAUUAAAAGUAAGAAUAUCUACGAGGGCAUAAAAAUAACUAAAUUCUACUGACUUAAAUGGAAUGUGUGUGUGUGUGUGUGUGUGUGUGUGUGUGUGUGUGUGUGUGUGUGUGUGUGAGAGGAAAGAAGGGAAGUAAAGAAGGAGAGGAGGUGAGAAAUGGAA